AUGGUUGAAUUAUGUUGGCUGAUGGAAGUAAAAUCUGAUAAUGAGAGGACAUUAUCGCUAUCAAAUAAAUUUCAUACUUUAACAUUUAUCAGGAUUGAUGGGUUUCUUGAAAGUAACCAUUGAUCAGUUGCUAGUAAUGGAAAAUACUGCUAUUGUUGCUAUUCUAAUUUGCGCCAUUUCUGCGGCAUUUGCUCAAUUACCUGUGCCAUAUUUUGAAAGACCGGAUAUGAUCACCACGAAUACAAGAUGCAUCGCAUGUACAAGGGCAGCAGCUUUUCGAACGAACAUUGAUGGCCAAGACACAAUUGCCCAAUGUUCAUCUGGGAACGAUGUUAGAGAUCGAUGCCAAGGAUGCUGUGAAGUUUAUGCCAUUUACAAUGGAAGACAAAAAGCUGAAGCGGCUAGUUUCCCCAGCAAAGAUGGAAGCUGUAUUUGCUGCAUGACAUGUUGA